AUGCCCAAUCCUAAAACAGCCAAAUCUUCCGCUUGCAAACUAACCGAAGAGCCAACGAGGAAGAAUAUGUUAACUAGCAAAGAAGCUAACCAGGCAGCUCAACAGCACGAGAUGCCUGCUAGCGACUCUGACUCCCUGGCCGCCGAUAUCUCUCAAUCUGUCACCGAGAGGAUUUCAGCCCUGAUGGAUAAAAAGUUUGCGGAGUUUGCCACCACUUUGAGCAACAUCUCUGCUAAACUAGAAGCCAACACGGAGCGCAUCACGGAUGCAGAGCACCGCAUUUCAGCAGUGGAGGAUGACGUGUUGACGGUGGAACCCAGGCUGAAAGAGCUGGAGUCAAAAGUGCGUAUUCUGACCGAGAAAUGUAUCGACUUGGAGGGACGGAACCGAAGGGAUAAUAUCUUGAUUUUUAAUCUCAAAGAAGAUACGGAAGGCCGACAGCCAAGAUGGCUCCCAACUCUUCUUGGCUUGGAGUGUAAGCGGGGCGUCAUUAAGAUCGACCGGGCUCACCAGAGCCUUGGUCCGCCGAGACGUGACCGGCCGCGCGCUGUGAUCGUUAAGCUACAUCACUCCAGAGAUACAUCCAGGAUCUUGGCGACGGCAAGGAAGCAGCCUCCGCUCACAUACGAAGGCCAAACGAUCGUCAUCAGACAGGACAUGACUGCUGCUGUCAAGGAUAUGCGCCGUGCGUUUAAUGAGGUGUGCGAACUUCUUAUCAAGAAGGAUAUUAAAUUCUCCAUGAGAUACCCGGCUGUUCUAUCUUAUUCGCACGGAGGGAAAACCAGAUCAGCACUCUCUAAAAAACUAGAAGCAGCUCGCUCAGCUUUAAAUCAAAUACUAACAAAACAAGCAGAGUCGUCCAUCUUCUUUGCUAAAUACAGAUUAUAUCAAUCAGGGAAUAAACCAGGCCGGCUACUAGCAAGACUAACAAAAGGCAGAAUGGAAGCAAACACAAUUUCAUCAUUACAAGACAAUAACCGAGACAGACACCACAAAACAACAGACAUUAAUAGGGUUAUGAGGGAAUUCUAUCAAAAACUGUACACAUCUGAAUGCGAUUCGCCCGAUGCUAAAAUAACAAAAUUCUUAAGUGGAACAAAAUUUGGUAUCCCUAAAGAACACUUUUUUGGAUUUCUCCAAAUUCGCCAUUUCAUUGGUUCUAUGAGGUUUUCUCACUCUGGCUUGGUCAUGCCCAAUGAGAUUGAGAGGUUCCUUGAUAAACCACCAACUAUCACACAAUGGUAUAGAGAAAUAUUUAGGGUCCUCCCUCAUGAAAGGCUUAGUGCAGUUCUUAAAGGUAAUGAGAAGCAUUUCAUUGAUAUGUGGUCUCCUGUGUUAAGCUAUUUGCCUAAAGAGCUGACACAACUUGUGAUGAGA